GGCAGUACGGUGGCUAACUUUGAACCUCGCAGACGUCGAAAUUCCGCAGCGGAUUACAUUGAAUCGGGAAAAAUAUUACAAAAUCAAUCAUAAAUCCCCAGAGUGCCUUUUGUGUUGUUUCGAUUGCCUGUGCGAAAAAGAUAAAACGCGAUAAAAACCCGAGAAAUAUGCGAUAUUUUCUAAUUGGCCUGGUGUUUCUGGCCCUCGUUUGGGUGGAAGUGGAUGCGCGUCUGGUGAGGGUUCGCCGGAUCCGGAGAUUGGUAGGCGGUGAUGAGCGGGAUGCCCAGAUAACAGACUUCCGGGUCUCGCCUUCCGAUGAUGAGGGUGUAUUCAAGUAUGCCUUCAAGACCAGCAAUGGUAUCGAUGUCCAGGCCGCCGGAUCUCCCCUUGAAACUAUUGGAAUCUAUAGCUAUACCUCGCCCGAGGGCGUUGCAAUCGAGACACGCUAUAUAGCCGAUGAACUCGGCUUCCAUGUAGUGGGUCGGCAUCUGCCUCAGCCACCACCAACUCCGGAUUACAUCCUGCGAUCCUUGGAAUACAUACGCACCCACACCGAGGAUGGCAAACUGAAGAAGCCCCAACUUGUCUUCUGAAGUUUCUAAGACAAGAUCCUAUCCAUCAUCAUGUCAACCAUCCACAUCGAUUUGGAUGCAAGUGUCCAAGAAGAAGGCUGAACAUAUCCAUAGCAUGUACUAAUCAUCAACUAACUUUAAUAUCUUAAGACACCAGACCUAGACUAAGUUGUUGCUAGAUGUUCUAAGCUCUUCGAAAUGCGCAAAUGUGUGUUGGCCACGACAAGCCACCUUGGGGGCUGUUCUGCUUGGGUUAUAAAUCAAUCCAUCCAUUGAUUCUUUCACGGCUUUAAUUUAUGGUCAUUGCUGACCAUAAAGAGCAGACAAAGGGGCACGCCCAAACACAAAAUCUUUGGUGACCCCAACGAAUUCUAGCUUGUUAUCCCAUUAACUGCUAACAGCUUUAUUUGUCGGCGUGUCUGAUUAAUAUUUACGUCUAUUCUCAGAUAUGGAAAUUUAAAAACUGGAUGGAAAUUAGUCGUGAUUCUAUUCGACGACCUUUCGAUGACUUAAUAAUAAACGGAAAUUUCUUUCCGGGUAAGCUGGCCAUCUCCAAGGGAGGAGCUUCGGGCAGCAUUUGCAAAGUUUCGAAACAAGUUCGGCUCGAUCGAAUUUAAAUACGACCUAACAUAAAUUUUAAGCGAAAUAAAACAUGCAGAUUGAACGAAAA